AUGGCUGCCCGCAGCCUCUUGCUUCUCGCGGCUGCUGCCUCCGCGGCAGUCAGCUCCGCCUCCGCCCUCGACCCUGUCCAGCGUCCCCUCGGCAGCCAGCACUCGACAGAGAGCAUCCUCGCAACCAAGAGGCCCCUCGUCGAUUCCCAGAAGCUGCAGGACAGCAUCUCCAUCGACGCCCUCGUCAAGCGCGCCGAGAAGCUCUUCGACAUUGCCAAGCUCUCCGAGCACGAGUACAACCACCCGACCCGUGUCAUCGGCAGCGCCGGCCAUGUCGGCACCCUCAAGUACAUCGAGCAACAGAUCGCAGAGCUCGGCGACUACUACCACUUCUGGAACCAGUCCUUCCCCGCCAUCAGCGGCCGUGUCAACGAGCACCGCCUUGUGAUAGGAAAUGACGUUUCAAAGUCGGGCGUCCCCAUGCAGCUCACUCCCCCGACCAAGGACAAGGAGCCCGUGCACGGCGACCUCGUCCUUGUCGACAAUGAGGGCUGCGACGAAUCCGAUUACCCCAAGGAACUCAAGGGCAACAUUGCCUUCAUCCUCCGUGGCACCUGUGCCUAUGGCACAAAGUCCGAGCUGGCUGGCAAAGCCGGCGCCAAGGCGGCCAUCGUCUACAACUACGACCACGACGUCAUCCACGGCACGCUUGGCUCCCCGACGCCCAACCAGAUUGCGACCUUUAGUCUCUCUGGCGACGAGGCCGCGCCCAUCAUCAAGGAUAUCAAGGCCGGCAAGACCGUUGACGCCAUUGCCUACAUCGAUGCGGACGUCAUCACCACCAUCACCACCAACCUCCUCGCCCAGACCGUCGAGGGCGACCCGGACAACUGCGUCAUGCUUGGCGGCCACAGCGACAGUGUCACUGCCGGCCCGGGCAUCAACGACGACGGCUCUGGCAGUCUGUCCAUCCUCGAGGUCGCCACGCAGCUGACCAAGUUCAGCGUCAACAACUGUGUGCGUUUCGCCUGGUGGGCCGGCGAGGAGGAAGGCCUGCUGGGAUCCGACUACUACGUGUCCGUCCUGCCCGAGGACGAGAACAAGAAAAUCCGCCUGUUCAUGGACUAUGACAUGAUGGGCUCCCCCAACUUUGCCUACCAGAUCUACAACGCCACCAACGCUGCCAACCCGGUCGGCUCCGAGGAGCUGCGCGACCUCUACAUCGACUGGUACGAGGUCCAGGGUCUCAACUACACCUUCAUCCCCUUUGACGGCCGCAGCGACUACGACGGCUUCAUCCGCAACGGCAUCCCCGGCGGCGGCAUCGCCACGGGCGCCGAGGGCAUCAAGACCGAGGCUGAGGUCACCCAGUUCGGCGGCAAGGCCGGCGACUGGUACGACCCGUGCUACCACCAACUUUGCGAUGACGUGGGCAACGUGAACGCGACGGCCUGGGAGGUCAAUACCAAGCUCAUUGCCCACAGCGUGGCGACAUACGCGUUGUCCUUCGAUGGCUUCCCCAAGAGGACAGACUCGAGCUCACUCGGCGCCACUGUGGAGAGCGCAUACGAGAAGGAGGUCAAGUACCACGGCACAUUUGCUUUCAUCUAA